AUCUAAGUUGUCAAUGCUUAAUUAGAUCAUAACUCGUGAGUAGUUUACUAGUUGUAUGUGUCUAAAUGUAGAAGCUCAUAAACGUCCAAGUUUUAAGACUGGUUUACAAGUAAAGAAUGGAAAGUCAGAUGAGAUGCAAAAAAUGUUAUGUAGAUAAUCAUAACUUUGAAAAUGAUUAAAAAUGUGGCUUGAAGAUGACGAUAGAUGCAGUCCACCCAAUUCUGCCAUCCCUGACAUACAGAAUGAAAAAAAAACCUGUACAGAAAAAAAACCUCGUUGUAAUUCACCACCUUUAGAGGGAGGAGAGUCACCUUGUGAUUUUUUUUACCCAGCAUCUGGGCCUGAACAAGUAGAACAGAGACUAAGAAACUUAGAAGUGAAAGAAAUUGAUGAUGUGCGUAAUCUUUCAAAUCCUCAGGUUCAAUUAGCAUUCUCACCACCUCAUGAUGACAGACUUGGAGAUGGAACACCUUUCUUUUCACUGUUUAGUCAGGAGUUUGUUCCUUCUAAUACUUUCACUCAGACAUUCUUGCAAGGAAUUCUGUCAUUUGUUGAAAGCAGAGAUCCUGUGGUGGCCAAUGCUUGGAUGGAAACUCUGCUUGAUGUUAUUGACUUACUUCCAAAAGAAAUUAUCAAAAGAGAUCUUUUAACACUUGCUGUCAAUAAAGGUCAGCUUUCACAACCUGUGUCUUCCCGACUUUUAUGUUGUAAGAUGGUUGGUAAAAUCUCUACCAAGUUUGAUCCUUAUAUAAUUAAGAAAGAAAUACUGCCAGUUGUUCAGUCACUUUGUCAAGAUGUAGAUUUUGAGGUCCGAGGAUGCAUGUGUCGUCAACUGGACGCUGUAGCACGAGGAAUUGGCCUUGAAGCCACAAAAAGUGCACUUCUGCCUGAACUUGUAGAGCUAGCCAAUGAUGAGGAAAGUCAUGUACGUUUGGCAGGCAUAGAAACAGUGGUUCGAAUGUUACCAAUGCUUGAUGAUGAAACAUGUAUCCAGACUGUUAUUCCAUUGGUCAAGAAGUGUUGUGAAAAUUUUAUGAAAACCAAAGAUGCUGCCUUACCAGUAGUUGCCAAAGAACUGGGGAAGUUAUGUUGUGGACUAUCUGUGAAUCUCUCAUCUGAACAGCGCAUGUGGUUUCUCCAGUACUACCAACAGUUGGCUGGAUUAAUUCUUCCAACUACUAGGUCUUCCAAUCAAGUCACCAAUAAAAAUCCUAUGCCUGAUGUUGUACCUCAAGCUGAGAAUCAAGACACUGACAGAUUCACCGAGUGCCGUCAUGCUUGUGCUUACAAUUUUCCUGCCAUGGUACUUUUUGCAGAAACUCAGAAUUUCUACAGAGAACUAUACAAGACCUUCCGAGCAUUAACUACUGAUCCUUCCUCUAGUGUAAGAAGAACUAUAGCAUGUGGAAUUCAUGAAGUUGCCAAGCUACUGGGAACAAAAGCAUGUUUUAUCAAAACAGAACUAAUCCAGCUUUUAACAGAUGAAUCACUUGAGGUUAUUAAAGGUCUUGUGGUUCACUUACCAGAGACUUUGGAAGCUAUAACUUCAAGUAAUGAACUAAGAGAUGAGAAGGAAAAAGAGAGUUUGGAGAAUUUGGUAGAAGCUUUGUUAAUCUGUGAAGAAGCAACAUCUCAGACCAGUAAUUGGAGACUUUAUGCUGAUUUCUUGUCCCAAUUAGUUUGUGUGGUACAGUGUUUUCCUGGAGAACAUCUCAAUGAUACCUUCGUUCCUCUUCUUCUCAACAGACUUCACACUGCUAGACCCAUACCUUGUCGGCUAGCUGCAGCAUAUACGCUGUUGGUGAUAGUUCGAAACAUUCCUUUGCUUGAUCGACGGGUGUCUAUCAUUGAACGAUUAACAGUAGAUCUGUGUCAUGGAAGAAGUUGUCACAGCAGAAUGCUGUUUAUAUCAGUUUGCCAGCUAGUCAUGGAACUCUUCUCUAAAACGUUUUUUAAACAGCAUUUCUUUCGACCGCUUUUAGAGCUGGCAUGUGAUUCUGUUCCAAACAUUCGACUGCGACUCUGCUCAGUUUUACCUCAGUUAAAAUCCCUUAUAAUGAUCCCAGUAGACAGUCCUCUGCUCCAAGAGCUGGAGUCAUGUGUGAGUAGACUGAUGACUAAUGAAAAGGAUAGGGAUGUAACAGCAGCUGUGGGUCUUGCUAUUGAAGAAUUGGACAAAAUUGAGGUAUCUAUGGAACCAGGUUCUCAGCGAUCUUCAUUUGCUGAACCAGAGGUUGAUUUUGAAGAUUUAAGAAAAGAAGAAGAAGAAAGGAAGUUGUUAGAACUUGAAGAUAAACUUAGAAAAGAGUUCAAAACUAAACAGUGCAAGUCUGAUUCAAAGUCCUGUCCUGGAAGUUUGACCAGGAGAGGAAAAAUUCCUGUUAGAAAAGAUAAACCUUCAUCUAGAAGUUCAAAUGUUAGAGAAGAAAAUGAAAGUCAACAGCUAAGGUCCUACAGAUCACUUUCCCCACCCAGAGCUACUGUUUCUGCUCCUUCUAGCCCAAUAGCAGCCAGAGCAAAAAGAAACCUAACAUUGAAGACUGAUAUUCAUCACAGAAGAAAGUCAUCAGGCUAUGAUGUAUGCAAUCUAGUUUCAAAAGAAUCAAAUCUGACAGCUGAGAAAGAUGUCAACCUACAAAACAACACAUCAAAAGGAAGCAAUCCUAUCUCCUCCAAUAUAGGCAAGAUAAAGGGAGGGGGUCAAGUCCGAACAUACCCACGCACUCCUGUCCCGAGCAGAAAGGCUGUAGCUUCAGCUGUUAACAGAAGUCAGACUGGAACAAGAAUUCCAACUCCACAUCUCGGGUUGGUCAAAACUGCAGCAGGUGAUCGUUGUCCUUCUCCACUGCCAUCACCCACUGGUCAGCCAGGAACACUAGACAAACUCUUACCAUCACUUCUUCAUCCCAUUGGUCAGCUAGGAGCAUGGGACACAUUUUGCUCUCUUCCUCAAGCCACUGAACUACUUCCAACACCAGUAUUGGCAAAAAAUUCUUUAUCUUAUGGUGCAACUGCAAGAAGUAAUGUUACGAGCCAAGGAACAAAACCUUCUUUAAGUGUUUCGUCGGAAUGCUUAGCUGAGAAAAGGAGUGUUACAAACCUGAUUAAGAGUCCCUCAUCUGACAGUAUAAGUACAAGAACUAUUUGUACCAGUGUGUGUGGGAACACUUCAUCUAAACAGCAAAGUAUAGGCAAGAAGAAAAGUAUAUCUGCUGUAACUUAUCCUGAAGAAACGCCAGCUACCUCACUUGAGUUACCCAAGAGACCUGUUACACCACAUCUUAACUCGGCAACAUUACCAUCUGGUAGCAAAAUACCAACCCCAAAGUCAAUUUUCAAGCACAAGUCCUUCACUGGCAGCUCAUGAAGAUGUUGAUGUCACAUUGUGUAGAAAUUGAAUAUCAGGCUUCUCACUUUAGCUGUACUGCUGGUGGUGUAUGUAAAUGUGUGUGUGUGUGUGUGUAUAUAUAAAUGUUAAGUGGUGUUGUGAUGGGUUGUAAGAUCUAUCUGUAACCUUGUGGUAUUUUAAUAUUUCUAUAAUGUAGUUGUCAAAGAGAGAAAACAUAGUUGUUUUUAAUUGUACAGUGAAUUUUGUAGUAGGACCAAAUGUAAAGAUGUGUAGAAGAAGGUGGAUGGAAUAGUUCUAUAAAACUUGUAUAGCAUCACAUAUAUGUGAUUUGUAUUUACAAAACCUAUUGUUCAUCCUAUUAUUCCCAUUUCACAUUAUUUUCAUAUUGUCAGUUUUGUGUUAUCAGUUUUUAGUGACAUAUGAUAUGUCUGAGCAAAACUGUAAUGUAGUGUUGGACAUUGUUUGGACAAAAUGAGAUUUUACUAUGUAGUAGUUUUCACGUUCAUAGUAACCGUAAGUUGUUAAGGUAACCAAUAAGAUACAUCAUGUUACUCUAAUCCAUUUUGUGCACAAAAAAAUCAAACCAGGAAGAUAGAAUUGUUCUUGUAUAGUAAUAACGUUUUAACUAUGUUACAUAAUUGUGUUAAUACAACCAUAUUAGUAGUUUUUUAGUAGUUCAACAGAUUUAAACAUUCUGUAUUUAAAGGCAUUGUAGUAACAUUACCUUUUUGGCUAACGUUAGAUAUCCUAUCAAAAUUCAGUUUUUUUCUUCUUCUCAUUAAUUUUGUUUUGAAAGGUAGUUGUAUUUGUAUGUGUAAUUUUUCAUAUUAUGUAGUUAUUGUAGAGUAACAGUAUGUGUGUUUGUGUGUGUGUGUGUGUGUGUGUGUGUAGAUUCAAGAUAAAUAUGUUUGCAGAAAUAGUAGGUUUCAUCACUAGCCUAAAGUUUAACCAAGAAAGAUAUAUUUAAAGAAAAGUAUACAAGAUGGUUAACUUGGUUGGCCAAUAUUAGGCAUAACUACUGAAGUUUGUAAUAUUCAAGGAUACAUUUUUGCAUAAAAUGUUCGUGAUACAUUUUUGUAAGAUUGUCUUUUAAAAGUUGAUCAGAAGUUAUUGAAAAGUAAGUGGUGAUUUAUUUAGUGAAGAUAUCGGUUUUCUUCACUGUUUCUGAUGUGCUUGGUAAAGAUUAGCUGCAAUUGAUAGUUGUGUAUAUAACACAAAAUUAAUUGAAAGUUGUGUGCAAAGUCAGUACUCUCUCUCUCUCUCUGUGACAUAAAUUAUCAUAACUUUUACUAUAAAGUCAAAUACUAAGUACAUAGGAUGUAUAUCCCCUGCCAUUCAUAGGAUGUAUAUCCUCUGCCAUUCAAGUGAAUUUUACUUGAUUUUCUGUCUUUCUUUCUUUCUUCAGAUAUUGUUAAAGUUCCUUUUUUAUACAUAUAGGCUCCUCCUGUCACAGAAAACAUAAGUAAAUACUACCUGUCUCUAAAUGCUGUAAUGUGUGUUGUUUUUGUCUUACAAAGG